UCUUUUCUGUUAGAAAAAGUGACCUACAUACUACUUUCAAAUUCCAAUAGCAAAGUAUUUAUUUAUGUUUCACUACAAACGAUCCCUCAAAUCCCAUAAAAUUAAAAAUAAAUACAAUAAUGGCACAAGCACAGUUUUCGUUAAGUUGGGAUUCAUAUCAGUCAAGUAUUUGCGAUGGCUUUAGCACUUUGCAACAGAAUGGUGAAUUUGUCGAUAUGACUCUUGCUUCUGAUGGACGUUUUGUAAAAGUUCAUCAAGUGUUACUUGCAUUAGCUAGUCCAUAUUUAAAAGACUUAAUAGCUUCAGCACCUUGUCCACAUCCUAUUAUAUUUCUUAAUAAUGUAUCCCACCACACAUUAUGUUUACUUCUAGAAUACAUAUAUACAGGAGAAGUAAUUGUCGCAGGUGAUUAUCUACAACAGUUUAUUGAAGCUGCUAAAUCACUUCACAUAAAAGGCUUACAAAAUAUUAUUCCAAAUGACUUCGAAAAUAAUGAAGAAUUCUAUCAGGAACAUGAUGCAGAUGAAACUCCUGAUAGAAAAGUUACAAAAGCCUCUUCACAUUCAGAAACCAUAGACAAAGUAACAUUGCCCCAUAUAGAAAUACCAUCUUUAGCACAGAAAGUGCUUAUAAAACACGAAGAUUCCAAUUUCAGUCCAAUAAAGGUCAGCUCUGCAGGAUCGUUAGUUGUUGGUAUUAAAGACGACUUUGAUGUCAUGGAUUAUUCAGAAGCUCAUAACAGUGAUUUCCCACAGGAAGACCAUACAUCCAAAAAAAUUAAAAAUAAAUUAAUAAAAUGUGAAUCGGCUUUAAAUCUUCAGUAUACCGUUUCAAUACGAGGGUGUUUGCAAAUAAUCCUUAAUCGUUACAUUUACAACUUGAACUCCUCCACGACCAAAAAUGGCUUAAAGCGGUGGCGUUGUGUUAACUACAGAGACCAGAAGUGUAGAGCUUUCGUCGUAACCAAAGGAAACAUUGUCAUAAACAGGGCAAAUCCGCACAAUCACAGUUUCCACGACAAAAAAAUUUUGGCUAAAAUCGAAAAGAAAGCAGUGUUCUCGGCGAUGGACGAAGUUGAGGAAUACAAGGAACGUAAGAAAUUAAACGAAGAAAAGAGUGAAGAUUCCGAAACGACCGUCGAAACCGAACAUGUUAUGUUGUUAGAGGACGAUGAGAAAAUUAGUGACAGUGCAGACAGCCUGGACGGUCUGACGAACUGCCGCACCGAUACCGUCGUCAUUCCAGAGCCUCCGCUUCGCCUCGAAGGCUCCGUCAGUCAUACUGUUAAAAUGAGCAGCACGUCUGGUUGCAGUAUUGACCGCGAUUUCAAAACAUUUGUUGUGAAGAUGUUGAAAUUUUUAUGGUCUGUAUUAAUUAUAAUAGUCACGAGUGUGGAGACGGUUCCAGUGAAGAAUCAAUAUGAAUGUUAUUUGAAAAAACCGGCAGUUCAAAGAUUUAGGGAAUACCUACAGAUAGAUACAAGUAAAGAAGAAAACUUAAAGUAUGCCAUCGAAUUUUGGAAACGGCAAGCAUUGGAAGCAAAUCUUCCCUUUAAUGUUUAUAAUCGACCUAAUGGAAAACCUGUUGUCGUAAUUACCGUUGAAGGAAGAGAUCCGACGCUACCGGCCAUCAUGCUAAACUCUCACAUGGACGUUGUGCCUGUUGAAGCGUCUGAAUGGUCGCACCCGCCCUUCGCUGCAGUUAUGGAUGAAAAUGGCGACAUAUUCGCGCGAGGAGCUCAGGAUACAAAGGAUGUUGGGAUACAAUAUAUGGAAGCUGUUAAGAGACUUAUUCGUGAUAACGUAACGUUGCUGCGCACUAUAUAUCUUACGUUCAUGCCCGAUGAGGAAACUGGUGGGUACAAGGGCAUGAAAAUGUUUGUAGACACCGCAGAGUUUCAAUCUUUAAACAUCGGUUUCGCACUAGACGAGGGAUUAUCAUCUACAGACGAUACAUUGUUUGCAACUUACACAGAUCGGAGACCAUGGCAAAUCCAGUUUACUGUUCACGGUGUGGGUGGGCAUGGUUAUAGUAUGCCAGAGAAUACCGCAAUGGAAAAGGUGUAUAAUUUAAUUGACAUAAUAAGCAAGUAUCGAGAUACCCAAAGAAAUUUAUUGGAAUCCUUAAAUAGCCCCGAUGAAGGAAGAUACACCAGUGUCAAUAUAAACAUAAUUCGUGGUGGAUACGCCACGAAUGUUAUACCAACGAAUUUUACAAUAACUAUUGAUAUGAGGUUAUCAACGGAUGCAAAAAUUUCGGAUGUUCAAAAUAUGGUAAAUACCUGGAUGGAAAAAGCAGGCAAUGAUACUGAAUUGAGUUUUAUUCGGCGUGAAGACUUUUCAGGGGAGACUGAUGUAGAUGAUUCAAAUCCAUUUUGGGUAGCUUUACGAACUGCUGUGACUAGUAUGGGUUACAAUGUCAAGCCGGUUGUUUGUUUGGCCACGUCUGAUAUGCUUGUGUUACGGAACAGAGGCGUACAAGCCCUCGGAUUCGCCCCGAAGAUCCGCACCGUUUCAAGACUUCACGCUAAAAACGAAUACCAGAACGUCGUGGUAUUUUUGAACGGCAUCGAUAUCUAUUACGAAGUAAUUAAAAGUAUUGCCAAUGUUCCCGCUUAGUAUUAGAUUUUUGUUUACUGUCAUUAUUUUUUUGUGUGCAUGAAUGAUCUUGACUUUUUGUUGUAUACUACAAGGUCUACAAGAUAAGACUUAUAAUAAAACUGAAUGUUGGCCACGGCUUUGCCCGCGUGGUCUGGGAAAAAUGCGAGUGUAGUUUCUAGUGGGUAGGAGUUUUUUUUUUUAUAUAAGGUAACAUAAUAUAUCAGUGUCCUGACCUAAUAAUAUCAGUUUAACAAAAAAAUUCUGUUGCUUCGUUUUGAUAUGAAAGAAGACAAACAUAUACGUUUUUUACAUUCCAUUACAUUUGUAAUAUUACUAUGGAUUUGCAAUAUCAGUAAGAAUAAAUGAUUUGUCAUAUUUGAAAUAUAUUUGUUAUAAUACCCAAUAAAAAACAGAAAUAUGGAUCGCAUCGUCUAAUUAGAUUCUUACAAUCGGCUGCUUUGAAUCACUUUCCUUAAUAUUUUGAAAUUCCCUUAGCUCAUAUUCAAACGGUUUAUUCAAAUGAGUUGGUAUAUAGGAAUUCAUUGUAUUAAAUGAAAUGGAUGUAAAUCGUAUUUUACUCUUGAACAAACAUUCCGUCGAGCUAAAACGGCUUGAUACAAGUAAAGCGGAACUGAUUUAAUUCGUUGGUAAUAUCAUACGGUUGAGCAUUCUUAUCUAUAUCAAAAUACUAGCGACCCGCCCUCGCUUCGCUUCGGAAACAUUAAAACACACAUGAAACCAAAAAAAAAAAAAAGUAGCCUAUGUUCAUCAGGGACAAUGUCGGCUUCUAAUGGAAAAAGAAUUUUUCAAAUCGGUCCAGUAGUUUCGGAGCCUAUUCGAAACAAACAAACAAACAAAUCUUUCCUCUUUAUAAUAUUAGUAUAGAUCAAUGUGUAAAACAAAUUGAUAGUUAUAGGUUAAAUUUCUUAAAAUACCGUUUCAGAUGUUUGUUUUAAAUGUAGAUAUAUGUGUAUUACUUAAGGUAAGCGAACACCGGCAUUAUGAACGUGCAUAAGUAGUUAGUUUGAUUAUCACAGUUGUAAAGUGUAAAAUCCAAUAAAAUAAUGAGGAUAUGUAGUAUGAAAGUUGGAAACGGAAAGCAUGGGUAAGGGUAACAUUAGACAACCUUGAUCUGGGAUUUGUUCUGAUUUAUUGAGCACAUAUACACGAAAUAAGAAUACGAAGACUCCGAAUUUCCGAUGUCUUUGACAAAGAUAUUAAUUCCAUCGUAUAAUCAACCCCCAUCUAACCCCCGAUUCCUUGGUUAAGUGGUCAGCGUCACUAAUCUCUUGACCUACGAGUCUUUCGAACAUUCUAUCAUUUACUGGUAGUAGAAGGUCUUGUGAGUCCGCACGGGUAGGCACCACCACCCUGCCUAUUUCUGCCGUGAUGCAGUAAUGCGUAUCGGAUUGAAGGGCAGGACGACAGUCGUGUACUGUUGAAAGUGAGACCCUUACAACACUGAAGGUGGGUGGCUGCAUUUAUGUUGUAGAUUUCUAUGGGCUCCGGUAACUACUUGUUUUUUUUUUUUUAUGAUUGAAGGAUUACUGGUGGCCCGGAGGCCUUUCCAGUUUCACCAGGACAGGUGGGCGAGAACUUGUGGGAUAUUUAACGACAAAGGGAAGAUCUGCCACCGAGUGGGUGAUAUUGCUCGGGAGACCGACGGUCCGAAUAUUGUCGUUCGGAACUUGUAUAUAUGCAAGCUUAUGUUGAAAAUGUCGUAAGCGCGUUUCAGGCAUCUGUCAAAUAUCUUGCGUUGUAUGAUGACUACCCCCACACCGCUUACACCAGGUGGUCCGUGAGCUCGUCCACCCAUUUAAGCAAUAAACAAAAAAAAAAUCCUAUAAACACAUACCAUUUUUUUUUCAUUCUUUAUUAGAGCCAUACACCUAUUAGGUUAAGUCGGCUAUAACAUACCUACCAUUAUUAUUGUAUUUAAAUUUGAUAUAAUUUUUGAAAAUAAAGUUUUUUUGUCACUA